AUGUUCAGAAUUAAUGCCGAUGAGACAAGUGAUUUUUUGUUGGUAUUGGAAGAGUUAGUUAGUAAAGUUAAAACAAAUGAUAUACAGUCGAUCUACAUUAGUGAUAAACCCAAUUCAAAGGGAGAGCAGGCAAAUAGCUUAUGUGGUAGAAGUGUUAAUGAAUUGGGAUUCAAGAAUGGUGAUUUGCUAUUUGUAACUUAUGAAACUACUGCUGAACCCCCAAAAUCUGAGUCUUCGGUUCCCUUGAGCACUGCUAAAACAGUCAAUGGCGCAAAUGUUUCAAUUAACAUGAAUGACAUUUCAAUUCCGAUAAAUCAGGGACCUGGACCUCUUAAAGUGGAUCAGUUGCCGGUAGAUGAUUUGCUUGAUAAAGAGGAUGGUAUGAUCAAGAGACCAAGAUCAGAUUUAUGUCGCCAUGGUGAUAAAGGGAUGUGUGAAUAUUGCUCUCCGUUGCCACCAUGGGAUAAGGAAUAUAGGAAAGAGAAGGGAUUCAAGCACAUGUCGUAUCAUGCACACCUAAACGAAAUCAAUGAACUGAAAAAUAAUAGAAAUAAUGCUACGUCAUAUAUGGCACCUUUGGAAGAGCCAAAUUAUAAUAUUAACUUGAAUUGUCCUAGUGGAUCGCAUGCUCCAUAUCCUAAGGGUAUUUGUUCUAAAUGUCAGCCCCCUGUAAUUACCUUGCAACAGCAACAAUUUCGUAUGGUCGACCAUGUUGAGUUUGCAGAUUCAUCCAUCUUGAAUAAAUUUAUUGAUUCCUGGAGAACCACUGGUGUGCAGAGAUUCGGUAUCUUGUACGGAAGAUAUGAAAAGUUUGAUAAAGUUCCGUUAGGCAUUAAAGCAGUGGUGGAAGCCAUAUACGAACCGCCACAAUCGGGCGAAUUAGAUGGCUUGACCUUGCUCCCUUGGGAGAACGAACAACAAGUGGAUGAAAUAGCUGCCUCUCUUGGCCUCUACAAGGUCGGAAUGACUUUCACCGACUUAACCGACGCAGGUGCCAGAAACGGGGCCGUUUUAUGUAAGAGGCACAAGAAUAGCUAUUUCUUGUCGUGUUUAGAAGUCAUCAUGGCGGCCAAAUACCAAGUUGCAAAUCCAAAUAUCACCAAACACUCCAACUCCGGUAUAUUCUCUUCUAAGUUUGUUACAUGCGUUAUAUCGGGUGGCAUGAACGGCGAGAUUGAGCCAAGAUCGUACCAAGUUUCUACAAGUGCCGAGGCCCUUAUUAGGGCCGAUAUCAUCACAGGGUCCACGCAGCCUUCAAUGCUCUACAUCAACGACAGCGAGGGUAAGAGAUACGUCCCCGAUGUAUUUUACCUGAAGAUCAACGAAUACGGUCUCGAGGUUAAAACAAACGCCAAGCCCGCAUUUCCGGUUGAGUUCCUCUUGGUGUCGCUUCUGGACUCUUUUCCGUUGGAUCCUUCUCCAAUGUUCCACGAAAAGUUCCCUAUCGAGAACAGAGACUUCAUGGGCGAUCUUCAGGACUUAAAGUCUGCCUACAACUACUUAAGUGCAGAUCAAGGUGAUGGUUCUCAACUCUUUGAUUUCCAUUUCCUCACCUACAUUGCAAAAACUGGAAUAUUGUCCCACGAUGAAUUAAAAUUGGUAUUGUCUUACGUCAGACAUAAAGAACAAACCACCUAUUUACAAUUGGUCGAGAGUCCUGGUUGGAUGACAUUCAUAACUAUCUUAGAGCAGAGUGUAUAA